ACAACAUUUGUGUGUAAUACGUUAAAGAAAGAACUUUUCAUCUGGUUCUAUAUAAAAAUUAUUUAGCAAAAUGCCUAAUCAGUUAGAAAAGUCGACCACUGAAAUGAUUAAAACUGAAAAAUCUGAUAGGAAAAGUGAUCAUUUGAAUACUUUUAAGCAAUCUGAAGAAAAUAUUAAAGAUGUUGAUUCUGAAAUACGUAUGAUAACGAAUCUAAUUAAUCGUGAAAAUGAAUUGAAUUCUAUUGGGACCGAAAAUCAAUUUGACAUCUUAAACUCAUUUGAUCGUCUUUCAACCGAUCCUAGUAAUAUUCAAGGAAAUGAUAGAAAGGGUAAUCAAGAAUGUGAAACCGAACAACUAUGUCGUGAUAUGCAGCAAAAACUUCAUUUACAAACUACUGAUACUAAAGCCACUGGUGACAAUAAUGCACAUCCAAAGAGCCCUACUUUUGGACGUCCUCGAAGUGUAUUUACUUAUGCUAGUGAACAGGAGCAAAGCAUAAUUACUGCAAUUCCAAAUAUCAAUUCACUCCACCAAAAAAAUACAUUGCAGAAUUACAUUCGUGAACAAAAUAAUGCAAAUGAUUAUUCAUCUGUUUUAAAUGAAAUGAAUAACUCGAAUAUAUCCGAGUCUUCCUAUUUACCAAUAUGUGAUAAAUUAACAAAAGAACAUGAUUUUGGUACUGCAUUGCGUUCAACAAAUUCGACACCAAAUACAACUUCGAAAGUCAAUGAGUAUUUUCCGGAUUAUGACCCGAAUAAUUCUGGUACAGAUUUACGUAUGCUCAAUCAAUCGAGCAGUGAUUUUGAUUUUACAUCAAAAUAUUUUUCAACACGCGCUACUGAAUUUGAGCCAAGUGGAUUUCAAUUUGGACAAAAUAAUGUAUUUCGUACAAAAGACUACAUUAAUGGGAAAACUAAUAAAGAAACACAAAUUAAUCAAAACACAAACAAUUUACCCUCAUGGCGAAUAAAUAGUCGGUUAAAUACCCCUUCAAAAGUACCAUUACAACUAACCACAUCUAAUACAUUAAUUCCAACAAUUCCGCCACCAUUGUCAGCAGUUAAUUUUUAUAAUACAGAUGAAAUGCAACAUUACACUGCGAUUGACAAUUGGCGAGAUCAUGAAUUACUUGAACCAAGUACUGGAGGCGCCAUGGCAACUCCACAUGGAACAAUAACUUUACGUCUUCAUGAUCGUGUUCGUGUUGAUAUGACUUUGGAUCGGGCUGUUCGUGUGGUGAAUUUCAAAAACAAUAUUGUCGUGAGUGUAUCUGCAACUGGAGCUGCUAGUGGACUUUUACAUCCAAAUGGUCGCGUUUAUCAAUAUGGGAGUAGAGUUGAAAUUAUGGCUCAUGAUCAACAUUCACAUAACAAUAAAUACGCAAAAAUGUGGUAUAAAGGUGUUUCAUUUACUUCAGAUCAAUGUGCUCUGGUUUACCUUGUUGAUAGUGCUGGGACAAGGACAACUACGGAUACUUUUUCGGAUUUGAGCCAAGAUUUUAGCCUUUCAAUUUUUUACAAUGAGUCAAGACAUGGACCACAGUUUGUACAAGAAGCUAUGAGCGUUUUACAAUCAUCACAAUAUUGGAUUACAGAAGAUGGAACAGAAAAUUGGAUUAUAAAUAAUGUUCGAAUUUCUCAAACUUCGGAUGGUUUAGUUCGAAUUGGACGUAAUUCUAACAAAUUUUCUCUACGUACAUCUCCUGCUAAUGGUUCGGCUAGUGUUAGUUCACCAUAUGUUCAUUGUACAGGCAGCUUAGGACAAACCAGUCAUUUGUUUGUGAGACGAGGUGAACGUCGAAUGCAUUAUGAUGGUGCCUCAUUUAUUGUACGGAAUGCUGGACACAGUGCCGGUUUUGAUGAUAAACACCAAUUAAAAGUUUAUUAAUGAUUCAUUUUUGUUUAGAACAUUAGCUUUUGAAGUAUAUCUAUCUUUAUUUUUCUAUUAAAAACAAACCUCAAUAAUUGAGAAUAAAAUACUAUUAGGAUUAGUUUAACUUUCUUUUUAUAUUAACAAUUGUAUUUCUCUUAAUUUAUUUAUACAAAAAGUGUUAUCAAUCAAAUUUAGGCUGUAAACUUUACACAGCGUUAUGAGUUAUUUUUAAAUAAUUUUUUUUUCU